AUGUCAAGCUCUGGCUCUGACGCCGACCCCGAUAACGAGCGCCUCAGCUCUCUGAGCCACAAUUUCGGGCCUUCAGCUUCUCGAAACAACCCUCUUUUCAUUCCGGAGCUCUUCUAUCUCAUUGUUGAGGCACUUGGUGAAAAAACCGAUGAACGUCCUGAAUAUCGGAACAAACACAGCCUGGCAAACCUUGCUGCAACAUGCAAGUACUUCGCGGCAACCCUUGAAACUGUUCUGUAUACCCAGGACAUCAAGGAUGGUGAGCUCCGUGGCUUGAAGUGCAUUGUAUUCUGUGAGGAGGAUCACGUCACACUGGGCAGACUGAACAAGUACCCUGAGGAGCUUCUGAAGCCCUAUGUUGACACUGUAUUCAACUCCAUCAUUAAUCGGGAUACUCCAAACGGAGUAGUAAACGACUCAUGCGAAUACACAAUGCUUCACAUUGCUGCUCAUAAGUUGAUGUAUGACACAAUGAAGAAGCUGAGCGAACUGGGUGCAACCUGGACGUAUGUCAGGAACUUCCAGGCGAUUUUGUCAUACAAUGAGCGGGCUAAGUUCUUUUUUUCUUACCCGGCCUUCCAAAGCAUCUUCAGCAACGUCAAGUGGGCACCCAAUCUUGUGUGCUUGAUCAAAAAGGAUCGCCACGCAUGUGAGAUCUUGGAAAAGUUCUGGAAGGAAUCUUAUCCUUUCGUUGGACAGUUCCCAUUCCCCGCCGGCUUGCUUCCUGUUGGCGCUGAGGAUCGCAUGACACUUUUACACCUUCAUCUCCUUGCUGUACCCAAACAUAUCGGUGCUGAUCGGGCGGAAAAGGCAAUCAAGGAAUAUCCCGAGUUAAUCAACUUGCCCACUGGAGAGUCCCAAUGCUCCAUCUACCACAUCGCUGUCAUGGCCCAGAGCAACUUUGCUCUCUCUAACCUCCUCAUCCGCAGGUUGCGCGACCGAGUACCAUACUUCGUCGACAACCAGGGCUGUAACCCUCUUCAUACUGCAUUCAAGCAAUCCUUGCAGGGAAAACAUGGUCGCACCCCCCAAGCCCAGACUGGAACUACCGACGCCCUUUCCACCCUUUUGCGCUGGGACAUGAACCCCAUGAUGCCGCAUACAAUGGCUCCCUACCAACACCCCCUUUUGGUGAUGGGCGAGCAUGCCAUGGUUGACUGGAAUGGCCAAAACCGUGUGAUCAAGAAGAACAUUGAUGAUAUUGCGGAGUCCGAGAAACGUUGGGCUGAGGCAUGGGGCUUCGGACCCGUUGUCUUCACAAUCAAUCGAUGUGACUCUAACGGUAACACACUACUGGGCUACAUUACCAAAGCCAUCGUCGGCUACCAUGUCGAAACUGGCAGCAAGCCCCUUGAGGACCUGUUUUCAAAGAUAGUCACAGAGUACGGUGCCGACAUCAACUUGGAUGUCAACUCGUUCCGCACUCCCAUGCCCCGACCAUACAUUCAUUCUAUCAGAUGGAUGGCUAAUCACGCCAGUGGCCGCCGCCGCUUCAAGAAACUAGUAAAUGAUCUUGGCGGCCAAUUGCAUCCCGCCGAGGUUGCUGGCACCGAGGCAUCAACACUCGCAGAUGUCGACUUCCCCCCUGACCAGCCCCAUGCGCGCUGCCUCCCGGUCGAUCACCCAUACGCCCUCCAGAAACCGUUUCACCUAGCCUUCAUUCGAAAGAGCGCGCCCCAGCUGGCUGAAAAACGGGCUGCCGAUCUCCAACAACAUGCGAUCAUGGUCGGGUUCUUGGUGCGAAAUGGACAUACCCAGGAAGAGGCUGUGGCCAAGGCUACUCAGGCACUUAAACUGUAG